AUGUCUUUCAAUUUUUCUAAUAUCAGGAACUCUCCAUCUACUCAGUCUAGUAGUCAUUCAUUUCCUACUCCAUCUGCCACCCCAUUCACCCAUACCCUGCCCACCACCCCACACUUCCCCCCUGCUCAAAACAAUCCCAAUACUGAUCCCACCCUUCUGGAUGAAGAUGUCGUCCCAGCUCGCUUUAUUGAUGCCCUCGCCAAUCAGUUUAGUUUUGGUGAUUCCGAGCAGGACCUACGGCAUAACCUCCAUGGCUUUGCAAAGGCAGAUGGGGCAUGGCCUCCAGAAAGCAGAUAUUGCUACACAUUCAUACUUACUUGCAGCCAUUUUCAGCUUAAUCAAGGAAAACCAGGCAAUGACCAAUGUGCACUGCAACACACAACAACUUCUCGCAGACCUGCAAAUUUGACUCGAAAACACAUUUACACUAUCACACGAACAGAAGACAUAAUUUUUGAGGCUAGCUGGAUCACAUUUAUGACAAUCCACUUUGACGUUGAGUCAAAGGUCCAGCAAUCCCAAAAAGAAUUACAGUUCACAAAUAUCUAUGGUAACCCAGCACAAGAGAAAAUCCUAAUGGCAUAUAUCAAGUGGCAAUGCUCAAGCAUUCGUAAUUCAUUCCAAGAGCUGCGGUACAAAAUUGGUGGCCCCACUUCAGGCCUCACACCAGCAUGCACCGCUCGACUUGCUAUACUUUGCCGUUUUGCUUAUGAAAAUCCUGAGCUCCUUGACCAUGAGGAAGAUGUUGAGGACGAUUCACCACCAAUGGAAGAUGACUCAGGCUCAUGGCACCACUCUGCCCAAGAGCCUCAAAGGAAAAAGGGAGAGGAUUUCUGGUUGCAAGUGGAAAAAUGGUUUGAUGCAUGCAGAAAGCAAUGGGGUGAUUCAUGGACCACACCAAACUGGAACAGCUACAUCUCAGAAACAAUUGCCAAGGAUGAAGAUCGCUACAAGGUCCAUGUCAUUCACAACCCAUUCAUGGAAGAUGUGCACACAGAUGACAGGUUUUUCACUGGGCCCAUCACUUCAGCUGGUCUUGGGGCUGCUGAGGAUCCCCUUCAAGAAAUGGUUUGA